GUGCGGGGUGCACCCAGACUCUCCCGGGCCAGCUAUGCGCAGUGGGUUCCGGGUCCGGUGACUCGCGGGACAGCAUCGCCGAGUGCGCGGACGGAGGAUCUGCCCUGCUGGCCUUGAGAGAAGUUUCCACGGCAGUGGUGCCUAUGACGGGCGAGGGACUCGGGCAACAGGGGGCGACGGCCACCGCGGCUCCUGAGACCCGUGAAUACUUCUUCAAGGUGCUGGUCAUCGGCGAGCUCGGCGUGGGCAAAACCAGCAUCAUCAAGAGCUUUGUGCACCAGCUCUUCUCCCAGCACUACCGCGCCACCAUCGGCGUGGACAUCGCCCUCAAAGUCUUCAACUGGGACAGCAGGACGCUAGUGCGCCUGCAGCUGUGGGACAUCGCGGGUAAGCGGGCAGGGUCACAGCACCACCAGACUCUUGCUCCUCUCUGCCUCCUGGUUCCUCUCUUUUCUUUUCUCUGCCUGAGCUCCCUGCGGUUGUGCUUUUAG